AUGAAGGGCUUCCUCCGGCUGUUCUUGGGCUACUUGGUGGCGGACCUCCUCACCCUUUUGUGCCGGGCGCAGGAAAAAGCCGGGCAGCACUUGGGCAGCAUCGUGAUGCUCUCCGGGGGGAACCAGAGCCGAGAAGGGGAGCAGCACGUCGACGCCUCGGAGCCGCCCCCGACCCCGGAGGAAUGCAGGGGCUACUACGACGUGAUGGGCCAGUGGGACCCGUCGUUCAAUUGCAGCGUCCGGGAAUACCCUUUCUGUUGCGGCACUUGUGGCUUUCGCUUCUGCUGCAAGUACCGGAAGGGCCGCUUGGAUCAGGAUAUCUGCACCAACUACAUCAAGCCCCCCUGGCUGAACGGGCGCAAGACGCCCAACCGCCCCGUCGACCCUUCCCACGACCCCACCCGAGAUAAAACCAACCUCAUCGUCUACAUCAUCUGCGGGGUGGUGGCUGUCAUGGUAUUGGUGGGCAUCUUCACCAAACUGGGGCUGGAGAAAGCGCAUCGACCUCAGAGGGAACACAUGUCCAGGGCUCUUGCUGAUGUUAUGAGACCAGAAGCUCCCUGCACAACAGAUCACAUGGAACGAGAUCUCAACAUUGUGGUCCACGUGCAGCACUAUGAGAACAUGGAAACAAGACCUCCUGCAAACAACUUGCAUGCGACACAGAUGAACAACGUGGUGCCAACGUCGCCUCUUCUCCCGCAGCUGACACAUCCGCACUCCUUUCAAAGCAUGGGGCAGAUCACAAAUCCCUACGAACAGCAGCCGCCAGGGAAGGAGCUUAACAAGUAUGCAUCCCUAAAAGCAGUAGCUGACAAGGUCAACGACGACUUCUACUCCAAACGGCGCCAUCUCUCGGAGCUCGCCGCAAAGGGGAACCUGCCCCUCCACCCGGUGCGUAUGGAAGAGGACCGCCCGUACAUCCUCGAGGGCGGCACAAUGAAACACAACGGGCAGAAGUCGAAAGCCUCCAAGCCACACAUGCACCCUUUAGCGUACAAAACCUGGGACCCUAGCGACCAGUCCCUCCGAAGGCAUGCCUAUGCCACCAAAGGGAGGACCCUCGCAGGUGACCCGGCAGGGAGUGAUCCACUCACAACGCGGAGUCAGCAUUACUUGCCCACACAGCCAUACUUCAUUACCAACAGCAAGACAGAAGUGACUGUUUGA